CUGCAUUGACUUUCAGAUUUUUUUCGCGUUGCUAAUAUUUUUCGGAAUAUACCAAAAUAUUUACCAUAAGCAGUAAAUUAAAAGACUGUUUUUGGCGCUCAUCUUUAAAAAGAAGGAUUUUCGAUUUAUUCUGAAGGACAACUCGUUUAAAAGCAGGAACAAUGCUUAAAGUGUUUAAGCAGGACCCCGACGACAAGAAAGUGAAGCGACUGUACCACCAGCGUUACCGCGCCGACUGGGAGAAGAUCCCGGCCUUCUCCGCCUGGCUUCGCUCCAGCAACGAUGGCUACUCGGCGCACUGCAUCAUCUGCGACGCCAAUGUCCUGGCCAGACUGGCCUCCAUCAAGCAGCAUCUCAUCACCCGGAAGCACCAGACCAUGGUCAAGGGCGAGCUCUGCAAGGAUAACCAUAAUCCCGAUCUAUCGGCUUCCAUUACUACCGUUAAGCCAAAGCCAAAUCCCAAACCAAAGCCUAAGCUAAAUAACAAAAUGCAGCCAAAGAUUAAGAGCGAGGUAAAGCUGGAGCAAAUGGAUGCCCAAGACAUGGCCUCAAACGACUCAAUCCUGGAUGAUCUGUUGGGAACAGAGCCACUGGUACAGGAGUAUGUGGUUGAAAACGAGUUCAUCGAAGAGCAUGACCAUCAAUACCAAGAGCAGGUAGGCUACGACGAGGAGAUGGUCCACAUCAAGCAGGAUGAGCCGGAGUUGCACGGUGACUAUCAGGACGACACCGUCUCGGAGGAUGCCAUUAUUACUGAAUUUGACCUGUUCGGCAAGAGCUUGGCGCUGCAACUAAAUAACAUGGACCUGGAGGACGCUCUGCUCUGCCAGGAGCGCCUUCAAGUCGUGCUCACCGAGUUUCGCCUGAAAAUACUCAAGCGCCAACGGGAGGGGAAACGCAGUUCUUAGGCUUACAUAUUUUAUAUCAAGUGUUGUUGUCUUAUGUACAUAGAAUAAUUCUUUUAGCAACUAAAUAUAAAUCUAUUCCGCUUCAA